AUGGUCAAUCCGGCAGAAUACGAGCGAUACAACCACCAACCCAACUUCAAGCCUGUGCAGCACCUUUUUGAGCAAAGAUUGCGCCAGUUCACGGACACUGGAGGCCAGUACCACCAGUUGAAUCUUCCCAAGUUCUACGACAAAGAACGGGUUGAGAUCGGAGACUUGAAGUCCUGGCGGGUUCCCGACAAGGAGGGAGUCACCCAGAGGCCACUUUUCAAGGACAUUGACUUCGACAACGUCCAGUGGGACGACAUUGGCUUGGGAUACAACUUCGGACCCUCGUGGAAGACGUUCUGGGUCAAGUUCCACAUCGACAUCCCCGAGAGCUGGCUCAAGGAUGGCUGGGUCGAGAUCGACUGGGACUCGAGCUCCGAGGCCUUGAUUUAUGACAAAAAAGGCUUGCCUUUGCAGGCUUUCACUGGUGGAGGCGAACGGACGUUGUUCAAGAUUCCCCACGAGUACUUGAAGGCUGGAAGCCAGCUCUUCUACAUCGAGGUGGCGUGCAACGGUAUGUUUGGUAAUGGAGCCGAAGGAUCUCCCGAUCCCAACCGUUAUUUCCGCUUGAACAGAGCCCAUUUGGUGUUGCCCAACUUGGACGCCAGACGCUUGUACUGGGACUUCUGGAUCCUAGGCGAUGCUGCUCGUGAGUUGCCAGGCAACUCGUGGCAGAAGCACCAGGCCCGUGAGGUGUGUAACGAGAUCAUGGACGUAUUUGAUCCUGACGACGUGGCCAGUGUCAAAAAAGGACGGAAGUUGGCUGAAAAGCUCUUGGGCGACAAGUUCAACUCGGAAGACGUGUUUGACGAGUAUCCCAACGCCAAAACAAAGCGUGUCGACGUGUUUGCCAUCGGAAACUGUCACAUUGAUACGGCGUGGGAGUGGCCCUUUGCGGAGACCAAACGGAAAAUCGUCAGGUCCUGGACCACCCAGAUCAAGUUAGCCGACCAGUAUCCCGACUACGUGUUCGUGGCGUCGCAGAUGCAGCAAUUCAAGUGGUUGAAGCAGUACCAUCCAGAAAUCUUUUCUAAGGUAAAGGACAAAUUUGCAACAAAUCAAUUUAUUCCCGUGGGCGGCUCGUGGGUCGAAAACGACACCAACCUCCCCAACGGUGAGUCGUUGAUCCGCCAGUUCUUGCUCGGCCAGAGGUUCCAGUACAGCGAGUUCGGCUUCUACUCCAACGUGUUCUGGUUGCCUGACACCUUUGGGUACUCGUCGCAGAUCCCCCAGAUCUGCCAGCAGGUGGGCAUUACCCGUUUCUUGACCCAAAAGUUGUCGUGGAACAACAUCAACAGCUUCCCAUUGUCGACCUUCAACUGGAAGGCGCUUGACGGCUCGCAGGUGUUGGUCCACAUGCCGCCAGCCAACACCUACACGGCAGCCGCCCACUUUGGCGACGUGGUUAGAUCGUCCCAACAGCACAAGAACUUGGAGGACGUGCCUGCGGGCUUGUUGUUGUACGGCCACGGAGAUGGAGGUGGAGGUCCAUCCGAGGAGAUGAUAGAGAAGAUCAGAAGAUGUAGAGGCUUGGCCAACACCACGGGUGCCAUUCCAUCUGUGCACUUGAACACCACUGUGGACGACUUCUACGAGCACAUCUUGGAUCACUCCAACCAGGGAGCCGAUUUGCCCACCUGGGUGGGUGAAAUCUACUUGGAGUUCCACAGAGGCACCUACACCACCCAGGCCAAAACCAAAAAGUUGGUCAGGUUUGGCGAAAUCAAGCUCCACGACUUGGAGUUGGUUGCAGGAUUGAUUUCAGCCACCGACCCCAGCUACAAGUACCCAGCAGCCGAGAUCCAAGCGCUCUGGGAGGACUUGUGCUUGUGCCAGUUCCACGACGUUAUUCCUGGCAGUUGUAUCGGUAUGGUGUACUACGAGGAGGUAUUGCCCAUGUUGACCAAGAACUUGAAGAAAACCAACCAGUUGCUCGACGACGCUUUGGAGCAUCUUGGCGACGGCAAGAAAACAAAGGUCCACGACUGGCACUUUGUCAACACCUUGCCUUGGGCCAGAAACGAGUUGUUGCAAGUUUCUCGUCAAGAACACCCCCAGUUGUUUUCAGCGUUGCAAAAGGAUUCAUUGAGUGUUUCCAACGCUGAAAACACGCUCUUGGUGUCUGUCACUUCGGAGAACGGCCAGACUAAGCUCAACGCACCCGAUUCCAUCGCUUAUCCUGCCUCUGUAAAGGAAAACGACGAUGGAUACGUGUUGUCCAACAACUUGCUCCGUGCCACUAUCUCCAAGAACGGUGUGAUCACCUCGUUGUACGAUAUUGUCAACGACAGAGAGGUUAUCGACACCACAGCCACCAAGCAGACUAACAAGAACGACACCAAGCACGUUGGAGGAAACCAGUUCCUCUUGUUUGACGAUGAACCCUUGAACUUCCCUGCCUGGGACACAGAGUUGUACUCGUUGAACAAGUUCAGCUUUGUGGAAAACGGAUCUGUGUCCAUCUUGACCAACACCAAGCUCGAGGCAUCGUUGUUGGUGAAGCACGAAAUCUCGCUGAGAUCGUCGAUCGAGACAGUUAUCUCUAUCCAGGGUUUGACUGAAGCCCACGACAUUGUCCAGAAUAACUUUGUCAAGUUCAAGAGCCAUGUCAAAUGGCACGAAACCUACAAGUUCUUGAAGGUGCAAUUUCCCACCACCAUCCACAGUGCCCAGCAGGCCAGCUACGAGACCCAGUUCGGCAUCACCCAGAGACCUACCCACUUCAACACCAGUUGGGACGUGGCCAAAUUCGAGGUGGCACACCACAAAUUCAUGGACUUGAGUGAAAGCAAUUAUGGUGUUUCUGUCUUGAACAACUCCAAGUACGGAGGAGCCAUCCACGGAAACUUGAUCAGAUUGUCGUUGUUGAGAAGUGCAAAGGCUCCGGAUGACCAGGCCGACAUGGGCGACCAGGACUUCGAGUACGCCUUGUAUCCACACGCAGGCUCGUUGGGUCCAGACACCGUCAAGUUGGGGUACAAUUUCAACUACAAGUUGGACAAGAUCGUGGCUGACUCGUCUAAGAAGGUUUCGGGAUUGUUGAACGCAGUGCAGUUGAAGAAUGCGGGGUCGGGGUUGGUUCUCUCCCACAUCAAGAGGGGAGAAAACGACGCCGACGUGAACCAGUACGAGGCGUUCGAAUCUGAGUCCAAACAGAAGUCCUUGGUUUUCCGUGUCUACGAUUCCUUGGGUGGUGUAAACAAGGGCACUUUGGAAUUUGACCUGAAAUUGUUGAAGGUUGACAAGGUUUUCAAGACCAAUGCGUUGGAGGACGAGAAUGACCCCAAUCUUGGUGCAGAGCUCAAGGUGGUCGACAACAAGGUCGACUUCAAACUCGGAGCAUUUGAGAUUGGCACAUUCAAGGCUUACUUGAAGUGA